GCACAGAGGACCGCAGUGCACGCAAAUGUGAUUGGUAGAAAUAAUUUAAAAAAUGCUUUGUGAUAUAUUAGUGUGUGUAAUGUGGGACAGAGCGACAGGGAUCCCUGAAAACAGCAAAGAAAAAAGUAGAAUCAUGUAAUAUUUAUGGAUCCGGAGUUGUGCGGGUGCCUUGGGUAAACGAAGGCGAUUGACGCGCGAGUUGAACCAGCCGCAUGUGAUCUCCAGCCUCAGUCAUUUUGGCAGCGCGAUGCGAGAGAGACAGAGAGAGAGGGAGAGAGAGAGACAGACGCGGAGCUAUGAAAGCGGACCUUCUGCCAGAGAUGUCGACGGAGAGGAAUCCCUGAAACCACCGCUGCCCAGGAAAUAUGGACAAAUCUGGUUCGGCGUGCGAGUGCGGGCUGUUUUCUGUCGGUUUUUGCAUAUUGCUACAGUGUAGUGGACCAGGAUGCCGUGUGGGCGAUGCUGCCACAAGGGAUACGUUGUGAUUUCGCAGAGAUGUUUUAGCAACCGAUGCAUAAAUUAAAAUAAGAAGAAGAAGAAGGAGAAAAAAACAAUCACAUGAUUGAUUGAUUGAUUGAUUGAUUGAUUGGAGUCCAAAGGAAUCUAAUAGGACAUCACCACCUGUUACUAGAAAACCAGCUCUCGAGUGGUUCUAGGAUCAGGAUGAUACCAUAGCCACAUCCUCCUCCUGCUACUGCAGCACGACCACCGAUAAGGGACCUCGAGGAGAGAAACCUCACUUCACGAUAGCCUCUUUUUGCUCUCCAGCACCGGCUCCUCUGGGAAUAAUCCUGCAGCACUUACAGAGUAGCAGGAGAGGUGACAGCAUUGCUCCCCCACCACCCAAGUCUGACAGCCAUGAUCCGGGAAGGCCCUCUGCUACGGCUCAGAUCGGGGAUCAACUCACUGCUCGAUGGCUAGGGCUGAACGUACAAAGAGCUGGGGGCCUUUCUGCUGAGUAUCCCUCACUGCAUAGUAGCACAUGGAUUUCAAGACUUCAAAUGAAGAGACAAAGACUGGGAUUUAUUUGAUGCAAGAAGGUAAUGAGGAGCCGUUUAAUAUUCGACUACACUUGGCCAAAGAUAUUCUGACCAUUCAAGAGCAAGAUGUCAUCUGUGUGUCAGGAGAGCCUUUCUAUUCGAGCGAGAGGACUGUAACGAUCAGGAGACAGACGAUUGGAGGGUUCGGUCUGAGCAUCAAGGGUGGAGCAGAGCACAAAAUCCCUGUUGUGAUAUCGAAAAUAUCAAAGGAGCAGAAAGCUGAACUGUCUGGGCUGCUUUUCAUCGGAGACGGCAUCCUUCAGAUAAAUGGAAUAAAUGUCAGGAGCUAUCGCCACGAGGAAGUGGUCCAGGUUUUAAGAAAUGCUGGUGAAGAAGUGACUCUCACGGUCUCUUUCUUAAAGAAGACUCCAGCCUUUUUGAAACUGCCCCUUUGUGAGGACUGUACAUGUGAGAACCCUCUCAUUCACCCCGGCAUCCCCAGUGACCAGAGUAGUGGGACCUCCUCUCCUCUGUGUGAUAGUGGCCUGCACUUGAACUACCAUCCUAACAACACGGACACCCUGUCCUGCUCGUCCUGGCCCACGUCCCCAGGGCUUCGCUGGGAGAAGAGAUGGGUGGACCUGCGCCUUAUUCCUCUGCUACACUCACGCUUGUCACAGUAUAUCCCCGGCUCUGACGUUUCCAGGAAAAAUGCUUUCCAGGUCAUAGCAGUGGAUGGUGUUUGCAGUGGAGUUAUACAGUUUCCCACAGCAGAAGAAUGCUUGGACUGGCUUCAGGCAAUUGCAAGCAACAUUUCCAGCCUCACCAAGCACAAUGUGAAGAAGAUUAACCGGAAUUUUCCAGUUAACCAGCAGAUUAUCUACAUGGGCUGGGUUGACGAGAAGGAGCAGGACUCCGUUCAGGACCGAAUGUAUUCACCAAAGUUCCUCGCUUUGAGGGGUUCCUCCCUCUUCAAGUUUUCAGCACCUCCUGUGACAACAUGGGACUGGACGAGAGCAGAGAAAAGCUUUACUGUGUACGAGAUAAUGUGCAAGAUUUUAAAGGACAGUGACCUUCUGGACAAGAGGAAGCACUGCUUCAGUGUUCAGACAGAGAGCGGGGAGGACAUGUUCUUCAGCGUGGAGCUGGAGUGUGAGCUGCUGAUCUGGGAGAAAGCUUUCCAGAUGGCCACUUUCCUGGAGGUGGAGAGGAUACAGUGUAAAACGUACGCCUGUAUUAUGGAAAGCCACCUUAUGGGACUCACUAUUGACUUCGGCAUGGGCUUUGUGUGCUUUGAUGCUGCGUCAAAAGCAGUGCUGUGGAGAUACAAGUUCUCCCAACUAAAAGGGUCGUCUGACGACGGGAAAAGCAAGAUCAAGUUUUUAUUCCAAAAUCAAGACUCCAAAUCUAUCGAAGCAAAGGAGCUGGAGUUCUCAAACCUCUUCGCAGUGCUUCACUGUAUUCACGCUUUUUUCGCUGCCAAAGUCGCUUGCCUGGACCCGAUGUUUGUGGAGAGCCAAGGCACCGCGACCACCACUGGGAUCGCUUCUCUUUCCAGUCUCUCCUGUAAUUCACAGACACCUAAGCUGAAAUACGCCACUUGACAGGUGCUGCUUUCACUGACCCCUUUUAAAAAGGACGCUGCACUUAAUCAUGAAUGUGGCCUGUGUCGAUGGUGGACAGGAGACCUGGAACACGUACAAACUCGGACAUUAUGGGGGGCAGCUGUGCGCACUGCUGGAAUAAAAGACCUCUUUGUGAGAGAUUACUUGACGUAUCUGCAGAUUUCUCAGAUUUCUGGAACAACUGUGGGCUGAGACUUCACAGAAAGACUCAAUGGACACAUAAGGUGUGACUCAAAAGUUUUUUUUUAAUGUGAUUUUGUCUCAGACAUCCUUAUAAUCAAUUACAAAAGAAAAUGCAGUUCUUUUCCCAAGCCAGUCUGCUUUUCUAUGUAAUUUUAUUGACCACUUGCAGUUUAAGCAACAUAGAUUCUAGCCUUUUCCCCACUUCAGAUGGAACAUCACUUGAAUUUCUACAAGGUAAAGCGUGGACACUGGAUAUGAUGGUAUGGUGUGUAAUUUGUGAUACUUGAUACCUUACGUUUUCUUUUUUUGGUGUGUUUUUGAGGUGGAAACUUUUAUCCAUAAUUCAAUUUGCUGAAAGAAAAAACAUUUUUCAGAUUAGAGUCUAACUAAAAGCUAAAUGGCAACAUCAGUCUGGUCUUAUAACACAAAAUCAGUUUAAUUUUGACUAAAUUUAAUUACACAGACGUUCGCUGGCAGCGUUGCUGGAUGAAAUGGAUUUCUUUAUAUUAAUUUCCUCUUUUCUUUAUAUACCUGUGUGAGGUAAGAAUAUGUCUAUGUCUUGGAUUACUGACUAUGAAGGCACUUUGAUGAUCAGCUUCACCAUCAGCUCAGCCAUAAAGGGACGAAAACACUCGAAACAUGAUUAGAAACACCUUCCACGAUGUUUAUAGCACUUUUGAUUUUUUACCCCCAAACCUGAUUAUGUAAAUAAACACUGACAUUCAAAUGAACUCAAAGAAUUAUGAAUUAUGGUGAUUACUUGAGGGAUUACUUGUAGGGAUUAAGGCAUUUGUUAAUUUGAUGUGCACCCUAGACAACUAGGUAGAUAGCUCAUAACCUUGUGCUCUCUUCAUCAUUUACUCUAUGGACCAAUUUAGAGGAAUAAAAUCAGCUAUGGUGUAUUUUUGAAAAUAUUUUACCUUUGUUUUUUUGACCUGUAAAUAAAACAAAGUGGAACUUUACAUUCACAAAUGAGAAAAAAGUAGGAGGAAAAUAGAAAUAUGUAGCACCGUUGCCUCCAGAUGUUCCAGACACCCCUUUAAACUCUGCACAAACUGUUUGUAAUGCUGCAGAGCGACAGCUAAACUAUCAUAGUCAAAAAGAGUUCAGGUCAAUUAGCGCAAUUAGUGAUGCUCUUACCUUCCAUUUACAAAGAGGAAUCCAAACACAAGGGGCCCGUUGGUAAGUAAACUCUAGAGGAUUGCGAAUUAAACGGGGUCAGUGCUUUGUACUGUGCGGCCUUGUUAAGCUGAUACGAGUGUUUGAUGGGAACUAAUGGUGGUGCAGUCUAUGCAAAGAAAGUCUGAGCUUUUGUGCUUUAAAAUUAUCCUGGUCGCAUAUACCCUUAUAACACGAGAUCUACAGAGUGAGGUUGAUUUUAUUUUUUGCAGAUGUUUUAUUAACAAAUAUCCUGUGUAAUAAAUGAAUAAAUGAGACCUUUUAUAUCAUGGCUCACUUGUGGUCGGCUUUACUUUUUUACAGUUUCUGGCUACGCCGCUGAUUUUACGAAGAGAACUCACUUUACUUUUCUUGAGAAGUCCUCAAAGUUGUAUUUUAAAAUUCUAGUACAUAUCCGCAGCAUACAGCAAUUUUGUCAACUCUCCUUUUUUUUGUCAGCGAUAGAGAUGUCAUUAUACUCAUCUUUGCUGAGGUUCAUAAAAAACUUUUAACACUGAAUAAAAGAUGCCAUUGAGUACUCAAAGUCAAGAUUUCUCUGCCGCUGCUCCAUUUUCACAUAUUCUUCUUUGUGUCUGCCUUUUGUCUGUCCCCACAGUGCGCCGCUGAGCUCCCUUUAAAGUCAGAGAAGUCUUUUUUCAUAUUUGUGCAAAUUAAAAAAUCAGUUUUAAA